GUUAAUUACCUUAUAAAUUUAAUGGAGUCAAGCCAAGCAUAUAUUUCUUUAUCUAUUAUUUAGGCAUAAUGGCAUACAGCAGCAUUCUGAUAUUAAUGGUAGCAUUAUAAAAUGAGUAUUACUAUAAGAAUUUAGAUAUUAAACAAAUUAGGUCACUACACACAUUUUAAUAACUUAAUAUUUGAUCUGAUGAAUGGCAGGUGUUUUAACCAAUUUCAAUAUAUAGCUAUAUGAUAAAAGAAUGCACCAGAACCAGGAUGUUAAAAGUGUUAAAACUUGACGUUACAAUGGAGAAUAUACACUGUACAAGUACAAUACUGAGGAGAAUAUUUCCAGGAAUAUUAGUAAUGAUUUUUGUGAUUACUUUCUACAAGAUCUUCAACGAUCAACAAAUAAUAACACCCAAAUGUAGUUUUGAUUAUCUGAGAGGCUACUUUGCAAAGACUGGGAAAUAUCACUCGAAAGGGAAAUGGUCAGAGAAUGCUUGGCAACCUGAUGGUUGUAUUUUACCCAAAUCAGAUAAGUCUGACCAAAUGAGGUUCAUUGAAAGAAACAAAUUGACCAGUAUUUUAGUUCUAGGUGACUCGACAGCAUAUCGCUAUCAUGAUGCUAUUCAGAUACAGCUUGAUGGAAUCUAUGGACGCAGAAAUUGUAAAGCUGAAAAAUUGGAGGGCUUAACUGAUGCAAAACCAUUUCUUCCAGAUCGGGAGUAUUUCGCUGAAAUUCCUGAUGUAGUGACACGAGAGCGCGGCUGUGGAGGUUGUCAUUCAAUUACAUAUAGUUGUAAUACAUCAAGGGCAUCCCCCAAAAUUACAACCGAAUUCCUUUCAAUGGACUACUUCAUGGAUACGUCAGUUACAACACGUAGGGAAACAAGAACCAAGACUUGUAAACCAAACUUAACACAGUUUGAAUCAUGGGGUGUUGGCUGUGGAUCAUCCCUAACAACUCAGGAGUUCAUAUUUAAUGAGUACCUUGCGACAAAAACAUCCUCCCAGUACCCUCAACUCAUCAUCCUUGUUGCAAACUUCCAUGACAUUAAAAGGCACAAUGUGAAUAGCUUUAAGCGAACACUGACAUGGUUUAUGGAUAUAGUAAACCAAAGUACAAAAGAACAUCCUGACACGAAGAUCAUAUGGUUUCAGCCAACUUAUAUUCUCCAAACAAAUCAACCAAUCGAAUAUCACAACAUGAUAUCGCAAACAAGAAACUCUGAACUCUAUGAAAAUGUGAAAGAAGUACUGACAAAAUAUUUUGAUGAUAAUUCUGGAAGAUUUGUACCAUUUUAUAGUUUAGAAGAUAUAAGUCAUGGUGUUCCAGAUUUAAAUGUUGAUGGUAUACAUUACAAGAAAGACUUUUUCAUUAGGAUCAUACAACUUUUCUUCGAUACAUUGGUAUCAUGACAAAAAAUGUGACAAUGCCUAAUAAUAUUUCAAAGCCUAGUCUAGUGAUUUAAAAAAAAAAUUUUAAUCAUUUUAUUUAUUGAUUUGAAAUUUCUUGAGUUGUCUUUAAUAUGAAGAAGAUUGGUUGAUGUAAAAAAAGAUCAAAUUGGGAUAAAUCUAUCCUUAACAAGAGCUUGAUGUCAUUUUCACUCUAUUCGAAUGGGAGGUGAUUUUUUGAUGUUGCCUUUAUCCAAUCACACUGACACGUCAUUUUCUGGCUAUAUAAAGAACUUAUUUUCUUCCACAAUGAAAGUCAUAAAAGGCCAUAAAAGCUAAAUUUAAUAUAAGAUCUUAUCAAAAUUAGUAAAAUCAUUUACAAGAGUCAGAGGGCAGUGUAGUUAGCCAAUGAAUACUCAAGGUGGGAUGAUGUCAUAUACUGAUAUGGAAAACUUCACUUUACAAUGGUUUCAUUUUACUUUAAAGAUUCUUCAACAGUCCGAGGGCAGUGUAGUUAGCUAGCAAAUAAUCAGGCUGCAGGGAUGAUGACAUAUAUUAAUAUUGAAAAACUUCAUCUUUCAUUGUUUUGAAUAUUUUAAGAGAUUCUUCAACACUCUUAAAGUUAAAGAUACUUUUUAAUCCUUUUGAUCUAGCCUUACCCAAUAACGCAGAUGCGAGUAGGUAGUUACCAGAUUCACCACCAGAUGGCUCGUUCGGGUGAGAUAGCAUGGCGGGUAUAGUAGAAAGUUCCCUUUAACUUAAAUUAGAUCUAUUUGCGUGGUUCAAUUUUCAUAUAACCCUUAUGUAUCUAAUAGUUAUGCAAAUUAAAAUAUGUCCAGUAAAAGAAAAUGUUAUUUGUCCAAUACAAGAUAAGAUAAUUUACUUUUUGUGAUUUUGUAACAUGGGGUCUAUGGGGAAUCAACCCGUACAAGAAGUCACAUUUUCAAAAAAAUUAAAUUUUCAAAGUUAAUAGUCAAGUUUCGAAACUAUAUUUCUAGAUGUACUUUUACAUGCAGAUUUCAAAUAUGACAUCACUUUGACUGAAUUUUGAAUGACGUAAAUCAAGAUUAUUUCUACUCGCAUCUAGUCUAUUAGAAUAUGGUCACAAAAAUCUAGCUCCCAAUCAAAAUAGCAUUCACUGAAUAUUAUGUGUUAAUAAGAACUUGGCAUUUAUCUUGUAUUGAAACUCUCAUUAAGGCCAUGGAAGCUCCUAUCUGCAUCGAAUCAUAUAUUUAUUUCAACUAUUUCUCUGUAGGGUAUUGCCAAACGUAUACACCACAAUAAUAUGACAUCUAUAAAAUGGAGAGGAUCUAAAUUAAAUUGUAUUUCAUGAAAAUUGAAUCUUGGUUAUAUAAACAUGGAUAUCUGAUUUAAGCAUUACUGAUGCAGAUGGUUUAUUUCAUGAUUUUAAUCAAUUCUCAGUAUUCUGAUUGGUUAAUUAAUUAAUAUUAAUGUAUUCUGAUUGGUUAAUUAAUACAUUUCCACUAGUGAACAACAAUCUGAUUGGUUAAGCUUUCCGUUGGUGUUUAAUUGCAAAAUUAACAAGUCACAAGACCAUUCUUUUUUAGAUUUUCCUACUUACAUGGGCCUGUUGGUUUGCGUCUGCCUCCUAUAGGACUACUUGAUGCACUGCGUUUUCGUGUUUUGCCAGCUGUGGUUAAUCUGCUUGUUGGUCUUGCUCUGGGGCCUAAAACACAUUUACAUAAAAAUUUGUAGAUGUGAAAAAAGAGAUAAAUGCAAACUUUCAAAUUGGUGGUUGUUUUGUUUGUUAAGGUGAUGUAAUGCAAUGCAAUUAAUCUGGAAUAAAUAUC